AUGUCUGUGUCCUCCUAUCAGACAGUACAGGAGCACCAGCCGGCUUUCAUAGCUCUUCACCUGCAGGAAUUUGGGGGGAAGAACUACCAGGUGAAUAUGGGGUCCGCUGAAUGCUUCAUCAGGACUCUAAUACAGAGUGAAGAGAUGUCACAGUAUGACUGGGUUCGAGCCUUCAUAGACAAUGACUUUACCCAGCCAGACAGCUUUACAGCUCUUGGCUCUGUCUAUUUUAUACACAGCUCUCUACGUACUGUUCAGAUCUAUGACUUCAAAGACAGGAAGUUCAUCCCUCUGUCUGGACAGACUGUAUGCAUGGGCUCUCUUGAAGACUGCCACAUUGUGCACAAGGAGAGAUUCCCGCAGGACUUCUGGCCCGAGUUUCCCUGGACUCGCAAGGGAUUCAUGACAACACGUUGGCUAGUCCACAACCGGAUGUUUGAUCUCGUGAACCUUCACCUGUUCCAUGAUGCCUCCAAUCUUCUUUCAUCUGACUGCUCGCCCUCUCUAUUUAGCUCCAACCGUAGGAGAGCCUUGACUCAUGUUCUCACUAGGUUACAGGACAGCUGCGCCUGCAAUGCACCAUUUUUCCUGUUUGGAGAUUUUAAUUUCCGUUUGGAUUUAAAAAGCCUCAUCCAGGCUCAGGGCUGGUCCCCAAGUGUCACCGGAGAGACGGGCAAACAGACCGUAGUCUAUGAGCAAGAUGGAGAGGUUCAGCUUGUCAUGAAGUGUAAACGGUUUGAACAUAAGAACGUGAAGAUAUUCCAGGAUGACAGUGAACAUAUGCUGCUCCGCUUUGACCAUGAGCCAGUCCCAUUCCUCAAUGAGCUGACCGAGGUCCAGAUCUCCUUCCCACCAACUUACCCAUUUAGUGAAAAUGUCACAGAACCCGAAGAGUUCCUGAGUACGCGAUGUCCAGCAUGGUGUGACCGCGUCUUGAUGUCUCACCCUGCCCAGGCUCUGCUGCAGAAGGCUAAGGAAGGAGAAAACUGCAUUAAGUAUCAGCGGAUUGGAGGAGACGUCUGUAUGGGCGAUCACAAGCCUGUGUACCUCUACUUCCAGAUGGAAUCUGCAUUAGAAUAGCCUGAAAAUUGACAG